CGAUUCCUCCACUGCUAAGCCUGAGGAAUCGCAUCAAGCCGCGCUCAGCGAAUAAAUCUCUGCCUCCUUUUCCCCGCCCGGUUUCCCUCCCCGCCGCCUAGUCUCUUCAGGAACGGACUUUUUCAAAAUUAGGCAGAGGGGGAAGACGAGGCGUUCUGCAGAGUCAGGACCUUUGACGCCCACCCACAACGCCCUCUCGUGUCUUCCAGCAAAUCCCCCUCCAUCUUUUUUUUUGAAGAGUCCUUCCCGGGUUUGCUUUUGCGGGGUUUCCCACCGCGAAAAAGCCCGGGAGCUGCAGAGGUCUGCGGUCCUUCGACCCCCUCCCGGCCCUAGGAAUGGUGCGUUCUGCUGAAAGGCAUCUUAGCGCCAGGAAUCUCAGCUCCGUCAGUGUGUUCGCAGCUUGGUAGAGUUGGCGGCUGCUGCCUACCCGAGCAAAGAGCGGUAGCUUGGGCUGCUGCGGGGCUGUUACUGUCUGUCUUGGUGCUGGCCCUCUUCCUCUUUCCUCCUUCCCUGUCUUCUUUCACUCACUUCUUCUUUGAUAUUUUUACUUCUGAACAUUUUCUUGCUUGGUAAAUCUAGAUUUGUUAAGGAAUACUACCCCCGUUUAGCCUCCUCAUCUAGUGGGCAAGGAGGAUUGAGGGAUUCAUAUCUAAAACACCAAACUUGGUGUCAUCUCUCUGAAUCUUACCAGUCUUAUAAUAAAUCAUUAUAAGAUUCCUGAGAAAAAUAAUCAGAUGUUCUGACAUUGCCAUUAGCUUUAAUGUGUCCCAUUUUUUGGCCUGAUUUACACAAAGUCUUGCUGUAAUCUUGCUGAAAGGUGUCAAGAUGUCAUUGAAAGUACAGACAAGUAACAUCACAAACAAGAAUGAUCCCAAGUCCAUCAACUCCAGGGUCUUCAUUGGGAACCUCAACACAGCAGUGGUCAAGAAGUCAGAUGUAGAAACCAUCUUCUCUAAAUAUGGCAGAGUGGUGGGCUGCUCUGUGCACAAAGGCUAUGCAUUUGUACAAUAUUCAAAUGAAAGGCAUGCACGGGCUGCUGUCCUAGGGGAGAAUGGGAGAGUACUCGCCGGUCAGACUCUAGAUAUAAACAUGGCUGGAGAACCGAAGCCCAACAGACCAAAAGGACUAAAGAGAACAGCAUCUGCCUUGUACAGCAGUGGCUAUGACUUUGACUAUGAUUACUACAGAGAUGACUUCUAUGACAGACUCUUUGAGUAUCGAGGAAGAGUCUCUCCCAUACCCAGGAUGGUUCCCGUGAAGCGGCCACGAGUCACCAUCCCUUUAGUACGACGUGUCAAAGCAACUAUCCCGGUCAAGCUCUUUGCCAGAUCUGCUGCUCUUGUGAACAGCUCCGCCAAAUUAAAAUUGAAAUGCAGUGAACUGCAGACAAUUAAAACUGAGCUGACACAGAUCAAAUCCAACAUUGAUGCUCUCUUGGGCAGAUUGGAGCAGAUUGCUGAACAACAGAAAGCACCUACAGAAGUUAGAAAAAAGGCAGAUGGAAACAAAAGUGAAAUUUCUCAGGAAGACACAGCAUCAGAAGCAGACGUGAACACAGAAGAGCCAUUAAAUGGGGAAGAAGAGGAAGAGGAAGAGGAAGGCCUUGUGCAGGAUGAUUGUGACGAUGAAUUGGAGAAUAGCCAUUUCACGUAUGUGGAAGAGUCCAGCCUACAGUAAUUAGGUUCCCUUCUCUGUACAAUACUGUAAGAUGGUUUAUUCCUAGUUGCCAACUUCAAAAAUAGAUGGAGCGUUGUUUGCUUAGCAGGGUAAUCCAAUCUUUCAGACUCCAACUACUGUUCAGGAAAGGGUGAGAAUCACAUUUUCAUACGGGCCAAAUUCAGAGGAGCUGAUCCUACCCUUCUAAGGAUUUCUACUGGAAGAUAUACAACCAGAUGUAAGGAUCUUCUCUUCUUCAGGACAUAUUAACAGAAGAUUGCGUCUCUCAAAGCACAGUAAUUUACAACAAUUUCUUUGUUGAAAAUACAAGUUACAAACAGGCAAGCAUUGUUUUUAUUUUCUUUAUUCUUUUGGCUCUUCUCUAUUAGCUUAUCCUGCAAAGUUUGGUCACUUUGGCGUCCCUAGCUAUUUUCAAAAUGCUUCCUAGACUUUGUUUUGCUAUGAACAAAUGCAGGACUGAAGAAUGGAAGAAAUGGGGGGAGGGGGAUUUGUACAUAAAAUCCUGUAUAAUAAAAGGAAGAACUUGA